AUGGAUCGCUUAUUACUUGGACUGGGUUGGACCUUAUUUGGAAGUGGUACUCUCGACGUCUGGCUUUAUAUUUAUACUUGCUGGGGGGCCUAUUUUUUGGACGUCCAAGAAAUAGCUAUAUAUAGUUAUGUCGUCUAUAGAAAAACUAAGCAUAUCGCGGUUAAAUUUCACAAGAUUCGGGAAGAGAUAUUGGCUAGGAGAGUUAAACUACGCUAUAUUUUGACUUAUGAAAUGGUAGUAGAUGGUCUGACGAAGCUAUUUGUGAAGACCUAG